GGAAUCCUGAGAAAUAAACAAGGAUGCCUCCAAUCUAUUCACUGUCUAGGAAAACUCCAAUGAAAACAUUCUUCAUUCUCUGUUCCAUAUACUCACUCUUCAAUCCUUGUGUUUUGAACACUUCAUACUUACUUCCAUUGCUAUGAUUUGGUGCAUAGAAAGCCUCUAAAUAUGGCAGCCACAAGCACGGAUAAGUUGGAGGCAGGAACAGUUUCAAGUUAUGACAGGAAAAGUGAAAUCAAGGCAUUUGAUGAUUCAAAGACUGGUGUCCAAGGACUGGUAGAAAAUGGUGUAACAAAAGUUCCACUUAUGUUCUAUAGUGAAAACUCUAAUCUCAAUGAUGGCGUAACCGGUGCAUCAUAUUCAAAGAUCAGCAUCCCCAUAAUUGACCUCACAGGCAUCCAUGAUGAUCCUAUUUUGAGAGAUCAUGUUGUGGGAAAAGUUAGAUAUGCAUGUGAGAAGUGGGGCUUCUUUCAGGUUAUAAAUCAUGGAAUUCCAACUCAUGUUUUGGAUGAGAUGAUCAAAGGAACUUGCAGGUUUCACCAACAAGAUGCAAAGGUGAGGAAAGAGUACUACACUCGCGAAGUAAGCCGAAAAGUUGCUUAUCUUUCCAAUUAUACUCUUUUUGAAGACCCUUCUGCUGAUUGGAGGGAUACACUUGCAUUUUCCUUGGCACCUCAUCCACCCGAAGCUGAAGAAUUUCCUGCAGUUUGUAGAGAUAUUGUGAAUGAAUACUCAAAGAAAAUAAUGGCUCUUGCUUAUGCUUUGUUUGAGUUACUGUCAGAGGCUCUUGGCCUUAAUCGCUUUUACCUUAAAGAAAUGGAUUGUGCUGAAGGGCAACUUCUUCUCUGUCACUAUUACCCAGCAUGUCCUGAGCCUGAAUUAACAAUGGGAAAUACCAAGCACUCAGAUGGUAACACCAUAACAAUACUUUUGCAAGACCAGAUUGGUGGCCUUCAAGUUCUUCAUGACAGUCAAUGGAUUGAUGUACCUCCCAUGCAUGGGGCUCUAGUAGUGAACAUUGGGGAUAUUAUGCAGCUCAUGACUAAUGACAAGUUCAUUAGUGUUCAACAUAGAGUUUUAGCAAAGGAUCAAGGUCCUAGAAUUUCGGUUGCAUCCUUUUUCAGAACAGGUAUAUCAAGAGUCUUUGGUCCAAUCAAAGAAUUGUUAUCUGAAGAACAUCCACCAGUAUACAGAGACAUUUCUUUAAAAGAUUACAUGGCGCAUCGUUAUACAAGUGGCAGUGGAACUUCUGCACUGUUACACUUCAAGUUGUGAUCAUGAAAAUUACAAGCAAUCUUGAUGUUAUUUUGAAAUUAAGGGAACUUUUGUUAUCUGUAGAUAUUGAACACAUGUAUCCGGAAAUUUACAAUAACUGUCACACACUGCUGAGCCAAUUAAGGAAUUUGGAUCUCAUUCUAGUGAACUUUAGGGUGUGGCUUCUAUUACCUGAAAUUAAAAUAAAGUAGAUGCAAUAGCUUGCUGUAGAUGGAUUCAAUCACUUUCUUUUUUCAGAAAUGAGAACCGAGUUUUUCAGACCAACUAAGGAUUGAUGGUGAUUUUGUGA